GACCAAACCUCCCCCCUCCCCUCCCCUUCCCUGCGAGGCUGCGACGCACCGCUCUGGGCUCCGUAGGACGGUAGGAGUCGCCGACGCAGGUACGGCACCACCGCGAGACGCGCCUAUAUAUAUAAGACGCAGCGCAGGGCCUCCGGGGUCCGACCCCGAGGGGCACCCCCGUCGCUCGCAUUGAUCCAUCAGGCUCAGACGGCAGGCACGCACACCCACGCCACGCCUCCCUCCCAAAGCCAGCGCCGAUGUCCGCCAUCGCCCACCGCCGCCGCCGCCCCGCGCCGGCCCCGCCCGCGUGGACCCCCGAGCCCUGGAGCGACGGCGAGACGGCCGCGCUGCUCGAGGCCUGGGGCCCGCGCCACCUCCGCGCCGGCGGCGGCCCCCUCCGCACCUCCGACUGGCGCGCCUGCGCCGCGGCCGUCACCGCGCGCCGCGCCGCCGACGGCCGCGCGCCGCGCACCGUCGACCAGUGCAAGAACCGCAUGGACUACCUCAAGAAGCGCCUCAGGGCCGACCGCUCCAGGCCCUCGCCGCCGCCGCCGCUCUCCGGCUCCCUCCGCCGCCUCGCCAAGCUCCUCCGCCAGGCCCCCUCGGUCCCGCACCGCCUCGCGCCCAAGGUUCAGCGGGAGGACCGCCAGGACCACGAGGAGGAGACUCCCCUGUACCGCGACUGGCCGCCGGUGCCCAAGCGGCGGAGGACGACCGUCUCGCUGUCGCCGCUGAGCUCCUCCGCGGAGCAUCACCACGGGAACGGAGGGGCGGCCUGCACGGAGGUUGCGGCUGCUCUGGAUAGGCUGGCGGGGACGUACGAGCGGGUUGAGGCGGCCAAGCAGAUGGAGGCGACACGGCUGGAGGACCGCCGCCUGGAGGCCAUGCGGGACCUAGAGAUCGAGCGCAUGCGGGUUCUCGCCGACGUCGCCAUCUCCACCUCGGACGAUACACAAACCCCAGCCACCUCCGCCGCCAUCUCCACCUCCGCCGAUACACACACCUCAGUCGCUGCCGCAGCCAGCGGCGGCCUAGUCGAGGAACUAGUACAGUAGACUGGGCAUGGUAGAGCCCUCCGGAUUCCAGAUCAUCUUUUCAGGAGAUCAUUGCAGCGUGGAGAAGCCAACUGACGUGAUGAUGCCCUUACCAGAAGUUACAUGGGUUUAGGUUACAGGAAAAGCUUAGCCAGAUAUAGGAUAGCACAUGAUGAGACUUUUUUUAGUUCAAUGAUUGCGGGUUUUACAGCGGUGCAGGACGAGGGAGGGACUCGAUUGCCUGAAUGCAUCGUUCUGUUCUUUGCGACUCGGCCAGUCAUGUGGGCACACGGUAAUUUACUGCUGUAAUCCCCCUGUGUUUCCAGCUGACGAACCAUUCGGCUGUGAAACAUUAUCGGUAAAUAUGAUGUUUUGGAUACUA